AGGUAAAAGCUGGAAUAUCUCGUGCUAGCGUCUGUGAUGCUUCCGUCGUUCGUCCUGCUUGUGAUUGUUUUGAAAGAACGACGAACGAAGUAUUUGUUAGGAACGGAGCGGACCAAGUAUUUGCCUGCGCACAGAAAAUACGGCGGCCUUCCAAAACCUCCAUAUUCGGCGCACAAACGCGCUUCAUCGUCGGCUUCGGUUGCGACCGAUGCAGCUCUCGUUUUAUCAGCUGUGCAGUGGUGCUCCUAGUGGUUUACCGGACACAAUCGUGGUUUUCGGGAGUGCAAACAGGACUCGUCAGAAAUUGUAAAAAAUUAGUAUUUUUCUGUGGGAUUCGUUCCGCAAAGGACGUAAAAUUCGUCGGAUAAGUGAAGUUUCCGCUGCUGCGCGUAGGAAAGAGAGGUCGCGAUAUUGCGAUCCCUUUCUCGCACCUCCCGAGAGCGAGUUCGCGUUGCCUGCAGGGGGCGCUAGUGUGGUGAUGCGUAGCGAUGAAAGCGAACUCCUGAUUGGUCGGAAUUUUGUGAGGGUGAAAAAGUAGCUGAAUUGAAGUGAUGAAUAGUAAAUUCCUGCUGUGUCGAUGAGUAAAAAGCAAAAGCUAUGGUUCUGAGGAACUGCUCACAGAAAAAGCUACCAACAGUUGAUUAGUGCAACGCUCUUGAACAUUGAAAUCAGCAACAAAAGCAUAAGAAGUAAAAUGACUGGUCGGCAAGCAAACGGGCCGGGCGGUGGCACACCGUCGGGCAAGCGACGGGGCCGACCUCCGAAAUCGGCCAACAUGGAAAGACCGAAAAAGUUCCAGUAUCAUUUAAUGAAAAAACCCAAGUAUCUGUGCAAGGACGGCCAGGAUGGAAGUAGUACGCCGUCGGCGUCCCGAGCCUCGUCUCCGCAAGGCAGCGAGGAAAGCCGGCCAUCCACCUCGCGAAGAGCCGUUGCCACCAAAACAAGAGGCAGGAAAGCAACGCCACGCGGUCGUCCUGCAGGAAGAGGCCGUGGAGGACAUAACAGUUCAUUGAGCAAUCGCAAAGCAUAUUCCUACCACGAAUCGGAAUAUCACUAUGGUUCCGAUUUUGGGGACGAAAGCGAUAAAAGCGAUCCGUACGACGAUUCCAUACAUUCGGCCAGCGACUCGGAGGACAGCCUUGGCCAAGCAUCAGACAGCGAUUUUUCGAUGCAAAGCUUUGGUGUGGGCACUGGAAUAAGUACCGGUUGCCUGAAAGAACCAAGUCCCGAUCCGAUCUGGUUGCAGGAUCGCGAAGUGCCACCGCUGGAGAUUCCCGAAUCAUCAAAAGAUCUUCUGGUGCCGAAUGAUAUCGUCCUGAAGUGUGCAUCCAUUUACGAGAUUAUUCGACGGUUUCGACAUCUUGUAAGGCUAUCGCCCUUCCGAUUUGAAGACUUCUGUGCCGCUAUUUCGAGCGAAGACCAAAGCGCCCUGUUGACUGAACUGCACAUAAUGCUCCUGAAGGCGAUCUUGCGCGAAGAAGACUCUCAGCAGACGCACUUUGGUCCGUUGGAUCAGAAGGACAGUGUCAACAUUGCGCUCUAUCUCAUGGAUGCCUUCACUUGGCCAGAGAUUCUGCGAAAUUAUGUCGAAAGCGAUCCCAAUCUGGACCAGAGUGUCCUGAAGAUCCUGGGAACCACCGAAUACCCGUACGUGCCAGCAGAGGAUCGGCUAUAUGUGCUUCAGUUUCUAACGGAUCAAAUUCUCGUGACGAGCUCUGUACGGGAUGACAUGACACAGGAAGGACCAAUCCGUUACGACGACCACUGUCGUGCUUGCCACAGGGUGGGUGAUUUGUUGUGCUGUGAAACAUGCCCGGCUGUAUUCCAUCUCGAGUGCGUGGAGCCACCGUUGGUUAACAUACCGAACGGAGAUUGGCAGUGUAAUCUAUGCAAAUCACACAAGGUUACGGGGGUACUCGAUUGUAUAUCUACACAGGAAAAGCAAGGCAUGCUUUGUCGGCAGGAGAUGCUCGGCUACGAUCGUCAUGGUCGAAAGUAUUGGUUCAUCUUGCGUCGUCUGUUCGUGGAAAGCGAAGAUGCUUCACAAGUGUGGUAUUACAGUACGGUGAAACAAUUUGAGCUACUGAUGUCAAAGCUGGACGAGAACGAGUUUGAAGUGGAUCUGUACGAGCAGCUCAAUGAAAACUACCGAGAUGAGAUCUUGCGACAAAUGACGCUUACCGAGACGAUCACUAAUCAACAGAAAGGUAACAAGAAAUCGUACAUUGAGGUGGAUAAUCAGCGUAUUGAGAAGCUGCUAGAACAGUUGCGCGGAGGUGGAGAACACACUGGUGUUACCGACGCUGAGUCUGAACCGAGUGUAGCUCCUGAGGACAAGGAGUCGGAAGAUGGUGAUGGAUUGGAUGAAAAUGAUGAAUUGAAGGACACGGACUUGACCGAUGCAAAAGAAGGUGAUGAUCAAGCACAACAAAAUGGAGGAGGAAGCAAACAUGUGACUAGAUCCAAGACGGGCUCUCUGACUCCGCGCACGUUCAGCCUGGAUGACUUGAAAAAGAAAACUUUAAAGGAAGAAUCAGGCAUUACUACAGCCAAUGGUGGAACUGUCGCCGGAGUAACAGCCGAUGGGAUCGAUCGUGUGACACGUCAGAAAGUAAGUCAGCUGUCCAAUGGUACGCUGUACUUCAAGCUGGGCAUGGAGAACGGAUACAAGAGCUACGUGAACCAAUACUCGAUUAAUCCGAUCGCACUGAAUAAACCGCAGCGCAACGAGGAGCGUGAUAAGAAGCGACAUCUUUCACAUAAAUUUUCGUUGACCCAGGCGUCAGAAUUCAAAUGGCUCGGCGGAGGUUUGUAUGCCAGUCAGCAGCAGAUAGUAACGACCAUCCGACAGACGAUACUGGCGCUAGAGCAAUCGAUUGCGUCGCCUUUCAUGCACCAUAACUGGCAUCGGCUACGGCGGAUUUGGAUAAAUGCGAUCUCAACUAGCAUGAAAGCGCAAGAAUUUUCGCGACUAUUGUGCAUUCUGCAGUCGUGCAUGCGUAGUGUCGUGUUUGCGAGCGUUUGGCACGAGCAGCUUGGUCACACUCGCAUGUACCGCAUUACGUCGGCCGAGCGCGAAGAAAAGAAAAAGUUGGAAAAACGAGAAAAACGGGAACGUGACGAUGAAGAAGAGCGCAAUCGGACGGCAAUCAAUUUCGUCAAGUAUUCGCUUGGUUUAAAGCAUCAGGUGUGGAAGCAGAAAGGAGAAGAAUAUCGUAUACAUGGUCAGUGGGAUUGGGUGUGGAUGUCAAACGGUCGCCGGCAAAAAUCGGUCGUCGGUCGCCAAACGAAUGAGACCGUCCAAAUGGUUGUACCGGUCAUCCAACCCGAAACAGGCCAGAAGCAGCUGCAAAGGUUCGAUUCGCGUACGUACGAAGCCCUGCAGCGUAUCCGUGAUCCAGACGCAAAGCACCAGAAGGGAGCCGCCGUUGAGUAUCUGACAAACAUUGAGGCACUGAAUGCGAAGCUGUUGCCUAAGUUGGAAACCAUCGAAAUAGGUGCAUCACCUGCACAAGAAUUUAGCACGGAGAUCGAUGUAUCGCAGGCACUGACAUCACCUCAGGCUCGUAUUCUAUAUCCCAAGGUGGCACGCAAAUGCCCCACGUUAGAUGGAUUGCUACAACGGCGCAUUAAUCUUCAUGAUGCAGAAGAACUGCGCAUUACACAGGCGAAGCAAAAGCAAGACUUGUUGGCCCAGGAGUGCAGUGCGGAUGAACCACCAGCCACCGUUAUACAGAAACCAGAGUCGACGGUCAUCACUGUGAGAGUGCUUCCGCCCAGCGAAUGUAUAGAGAAGCAGAUGCAGCGCAUCGUCAACAGCCGUGCUGCUCCUGGUGCCGCCGCAGUUCAAGUCAACACUCGGCCACAUCUUUCCGCAUUUCAGCAACAUAGGCGCAAUCGGCUGUACAGAGAAAAGCUCCAGGCAAUGGCGUCCAGAGCACACGAGUUGCGUAUUAAGUAUAACACUGUGAGUAACCAGGCAAAGCAAUACAAAUGCUAUUCUAUUGAAUGUUGUGUAGCUGGUGGAAAUAGUAACUCAUCGAUCUCGUCCACGCCGGUAUGCUUUUCACCUCUCUGUCGCCAGAAAUAUGCGUUGAGGGAGGAAUUGCAUACGUUGCUUAAGGAGAUGCAAAUUUGGGAGAUUCAGCAAAGUAGUAGUACAUUGCCUUCUAAUGCUGCAGGUGCUGCGAAUACUGCGGCAAGUGCCGCGGGUGCUGCUGGUACCGCCACUGCCAAGUCUAUCUUGGAGCAGAAGCUGACGGAGGUAAAGAAGGAAAGCUUCGAGACAUUGUUCACAAAUUUUUCUAUUCGCCUGUUCAAAUCGAUGAAUGACGAUUUGGAGCGCUCCAAAAGAACCGCGCUAGAUUUUGAUGAACAGUUGAUAGCAAAAUUGGUAGGAAAUAUUGCGCCCAAGGUGGAAGCGGGUGAGGAUAAGGCUGCGAUUAGUGAGCACGAGUCGGUUCUGCUUGAUCCAGCACUGAGCGUAAAGGAAGAAGUGGUGUGCAGUACGGACAAUGCAAGCGAUACCACCUUGCUCGAUGUGACUACCACAGCAUUGACAGAUGAAGCUGCCCCAAAAGCUAUGGAAAUAGACAAUGUUGCCGAAGGAGAGGUUAAGAUAGCAUCGAUGUUGAAUGACAAUUCCAACUCUGUUUCCUCGGAAGAACCGGCUAGUGUUGUGAUGGGCGCCGAGCCUCGAACAACGCGUGGUCGCAUCGGGCGUUCUCGUGCUAAUAAGACUGCGGAUGAAUCGGUCGGUACCGGCAUUGGAGAUAUGAAGCCAAAGGAAGAGGUGCUGGACAAAUCGCUGCUUGAAAGGCCGAUAGGAGCACCGCUCGGUUAUCCCGCCGUACGUGCACCGAAUCGUCGCUUUGGAUUGCCAUCGCGUUGCGUUAAGAAAGAGGAACCGGAAGAAAAAGAGCAAGCACCGGAUGGUAGCAUCAGGGUCUAUUCCGUGGCGAACACAAGGGGAAAGAUGUACUUGCGGAAGGCACUUCCGC